AAAACAAUUGGAUUUUUUCCAUUAGCCAGCCAAAGAAGAUUUUUUUAACACAGUUUGCGAUUAUUUAAGUGUGAAAAAGUUUAAUUUAUUGUGUUAUUUUCAUUGAGAAAAGACAAAGUGCAAUAUUGUGUAUAUUGUUAACGAACUGCCUCUAUAAACGGUGUGGUGCAACUCACUUAUUGCCCCUCAUACACAAAGUUCAACGUUGCUGCUGCGGAGAGUGAGUAAUGGCAGAAUCAAUAGUCCAAGAUUGGCUGUCAGAUUUUCAACGUAUACAGGGUCAACCUGCCGAGAUCAAAGAGUUCGCCGCCGAACAUGAUACAGAAUCUGAAAUAGCUGAAGUCAUAUUCACCAUACUCAAUGAUCGUCAACGUCACGAAUCACUGGUCCAUGAGAUUUGCCAACAAUUGUUGGCAUUUUAUCGUAGCACGGAAAAAACUUUACAAAAGUUCCCCCUGCAAUUCAUACCUGUUUUAAUCUAUACGUACCUGCGUGCCGUAGCUGGUGGUGAUAAAAAGGGCGUACGUAGCCUGGAAACUCUACUCAUUUGCAUUUACAAUGGCGAGGUGUCGACGGACGAUGGCAGCCCAAGAAUAGUGCAGUUCCGCAUGCCCAUACUAGCCCAAGCAUCUGUAUAUCAUGAGGAGAAAAAUCUGCCACUGACAGAUUUGAGGCGAUGGGAAGAGAAUUGCAAUCGCGAGGUCAAAUGGGGCCCCCAUCAGAGAAUUGAAGCCAUUACGGCUCAGAAUCGCCUGCGUAUAAUGACGGCAUUAUUGUUCUGCUACAAUCAACAAGUUAGCCUAACACAGAAAUCGGCGCUGAUACAUUUAUGCCGUGUCGCCUCACAAUUGGUAACAGAGGGAUUUACGACAAAAUUAACACAUGCUCAUAGGAUCUCAUAUGGCUCCGAUCCAUCACUAAUGCCCAAAUCAAUGAUUCCACGCAUUCCGUUAUCCUCAGCAUUCCUAGUGGAGUUGGUGCAUGCCAUAUACUAUGCCAUGUUCAAUGGUUUUGGUACAGUUGCCAUACAGACACUGGAAGACAUUCAUAAUAGGGCAUGUUUUGAAAUGUAUACGGAACUAAUACUGAUAACGAGUGCUGUUCGCAACUCUCUACAUGCCAAUCCCUCUGGCCAGCCCAGUGAUGGUCCCAUGGGUCUAAGUGUUGCACUGACACCAUCCACGAAUACCGUAACCACCGCCGUUUCAAAAUCCAUGAUAACCAAUGCAUCAUUCCGUACGAAAAAAUUACCCGAUGAUAUACCAAUACAGGUGCGAGAUCUAACAAUGCCACAGGCACCUAAUCAACAAUUGACCAGUGUUACCGAGGAAACUGCCGAACAGACACAAAAUGCUAAAGAGUCCGGCCCACAGCAGGGUUCCAGAAAUUCGAUAAUACGUCCCAGCAUGGAAGGCAUUAAGGCGCAGGCACAUAAAGCCUUGAUAGCAGGCUUUAAAAAGUCCAAAGACAAGGAGAAGGAUAAGGACAAGGACAAAGAUAAGGAUAAGGAUGCCACAAAAUCUGCUCAUCAAACGAAUGGCAGUGCCACGACAAAUAGUGCUGACAAUAUUAAACCACCGCAACGAAAAUUAGAUAGACACAUGCAGCGUAAUUCUCUGCUGCAAAUGCAAAUGGAGGGCGCCACGGUUUUGGAGUUUGAGAAGAGCCCCGGACCAGUGGUCAAGAAUAAGAACUAUGAUGCCAUAGAUACGGCCGAUAUGCUGCCCAUGCAAACAUUGAUGACCAAUGAAAGUGGCAGUAAUAGUUUUAGCAUUGACAGUGAUUUGAAUGGGGGCACAGUGGUGAAUGCCAUGUCUGGUGUUAUGGGAGGUGCUGGUGUUAUAGGCGGUGGUGGCGGUGGCGGCGGCGGCUUGGGUAACAGCAAUAAUAAUAGUACAACAACUACAACCUCAAUAACCAGCAGCGACCUGUUAACAACAAAAAGUUUCGAUUCCAGCAUUGAAUUGCCGGCAAUGGGCAAUGCUGCGACGACCACGACCAUUAUGGGGGGUGUCAAAUCAACAAACGAUGCCCACAUGGAUUAGUGAUUUUCUAAGGCUUCCAGUGGCCAGCUACCCAGGCCACUACUUACAUAUAUUGCAAUUAAAAGAAAAACAAAAACAAAAACAUAGAAGAAAAAACCCAAGCGAUAAACCCAUGAUGAAGCAUGAAGCAAAACCAUUCUUUUAUGUAUUGUAUUGGUGCGCCAUAGUUAAGAAAUAAGCAAAGUUACAACAACACAACAACAAACACAACAACAACAAACACUAAGAUAAUGCAAUGGUUGACAGUAAAUAUGUAUGUAUAUGUAUAUUAAGGUGGAGGUGUGUUUAUUUCUUAUUGAUUUACCCAAAAUGCCUCCCUUGAUGUGUGUGGGGGACAUAAAUCAAUUCUCUUAGUUUUAUUAGUUGGUGCCAAUGUAUCAUGAGUUAUUGCAUUUGUUUUAAAGCAAAAAAAAAAAAUGUUUUUAUUUAAGUAGUUGUUAUUGUUGAAUAUGCAAUAGCAGUUUGUGGAGUAGACUAAUGUGACUCCAAGGUGUUUAUUUCUUUCCCUGAACCCUCAACCUCAAAUCCCCACCAACUCACAGUCACACACACACACACACCCCACAUACACUCCCCACAAAACUCCUUUUCUAACCUUUCAUUUUGUGUGCUACCUAUUAGCUACAAUAAUAAAUGCUCUGUAUAUUAAUUAUUCUACUUUACUAUUAAACUAUUAUUCCUUCUUAUUCUUCUAUUUAUCAUAAUUGUUAAUUAGGUGUAAAGAAGUUGGUUAAAGACAAAUUCCGCUAUGUGUAUAAUUUAAACAAAAAAUUCAAAUCUUGAGUAUUAUAACAAAAAAUUCAAAUGCAAUGUACCUAUAGUCAGAGACUAAAGUUGAAAUACAUUAUUAAAAUUUUGGAAAAAUUAACUAAAUAUUAUAACAUACAGUUUGAGAUAACCUAUAAUUAACUUUUUAUUUUAAAGAAAUUACUUGAAUGGUUAAUGUUAAGGCCAUGCGAUGCCCAGCAUUGGGUGAACAUCACUAUUGAAGUGUAAAUUUUGCAUGUUUUCGAAUCGAGUCCAAAUUUCCUGAAAUACUCUAUUUUGGGCACUUGACAUUAAAGGAAAGUUAAUUCUACAUCAAAUUUCACUAUAAGUCUCAAAAUAAACUUUAUGUAUAGAUAUAAAAAAUUUGAAGAAAAAUUACAAUAUAAAAUUGUGUAUUACAUGUGUUAAGAUAAGUUUUAGUGUUACUUUCAAAGGCAUUCGAAUUGAUCCAAAAUUUCCCUCAAUACUUCAUUGUAGAAACUUGGUGUUAAAGAAAGAAAUGCUCUACAUUAAAUUUGACUAUGAGUCACAAAAGAAAAGAAAUCUCUCAACGUAAUAGGUUUCAAAUGAAUACCGCCUUAAAUUUGGGUAAUAAAAACACAGUUAUACCCACCACCAUACGAUGGGGGUAUACUAAUCUAGCCAUUCCGUUUGCAACACCUUGAAGAAUUAAUCUGCGACCUCAUAAAGUAUAUAUGUAUAUUCUGGAUGUUGUUGUUGUAGCCACAUUUUCAUGUGGAGGUGGCGAUCCUCGUCAAGCUCGUGUAUGUGAGUAAGCUCGUUCCGGUCCAAAGGACCGAUCGCUGCGGGACACGACGGCCAUUGGUUAUUUAAAGGCGCCAAUAACUCGCCUUGUCAUAUCGAUCAUCAUAGGCACUUUGUAUUUGUGUGCAAGAGCCAAUGCCGCCCGGACUUUCACUGAGACUCUCCGCUCGAUACCGCUAAUUGUCCGUGACUGCCGUUGCAGCUACUACUUAUGAAGCAUUCCACUUUCCGCAACCAGUGGAUGCGCCCGGUAGCUCGCAGCUAAACUUCUCGUGACAGCAAUGAACACCACACAGAUCGGACCUCAACGUUCCAGCCUGGGUGGUGCUCAUUGCUAUCCCGUGCCGGGUUAUAUUCUGGAUCGUCUCGACAUUCUGAAUCGAUCUAGCCUUGUCCGUCGAACGAUAGCGGUCGAACGCAUAAAACUAGCUGCUUGAAAUUUUCCACAGAUACUUCUUCUUGAUGUAGGUCGUUGGGGAUUGAAAAAGGAUCAUAUCGGUUGAGAUUUGGAUAUAGCCCCCAGAUAAACCGAUCCCCUGAGUUGACUUCUUGAGGCCAUAGGAACCUCAAAUUUGGAACAAAGACUUGAGUUAUGACUUUCAACAUCCAUACCAAGUAUGAUCCCAAUCGGUCUAUAAACAGAUGUAGCCCCCAUAUAAACCGAUCCUCGGAUUUGACUUCUUGAGCCCUUAAAAGCCUUAAUUUUCACCCGAUUUGGGUGAAAUUUGAAACAAAGACUUGAGUUAUGACUUCCAACAUUCCUGCCAAGUAUGAUACAAAUCGGUCUAUAAACAGAUAUAGCCCCCAUAUAAAGCGAUGCCCGGCUUUAAUUUCUUGAGCCCUUAGAAGCCUCAAUUUUCACCUGAUUUGGCAGAAAUUUGGAGCAAAGACUUGAGUUAUGAUUUCCAAUAUCCAUGCCAAGUAUGAUCCGAAUCGGUCUAUAAACAGAUGAAGCCCCCAUAUAAAGCGAUGCCCGGAUUUGACUUCUUGAGCCUUAGAAGCCUACAUUUUUACCCGAUUUGGGUGAAAUUUGGAACAAAGACUUGAGUUUCAACAUUCCUGCCAAGUAUGAUACGAAUGGGUCUAUAAACAGAUAUAGACCCUAUAUAAACCGAUUCCCGGAUUUAACUUCUUGAGCCCUUAGAUGCCUCAAUUUUCAUCCGAUUUGGAAGAAAUUUGGAACAAAGACUUGAGAUAUUACUUCCAACAUCCAUGCCAAGUAUGAUCUGAAUCGGUCUAUAAACAGAUAUAGCCCCCAUAUAAACCGAUCCCCGGAUUUGACUUCUUGAGCCUUAGAAGCCUACAUUUUUACCCGAUUUGGGUGAAAUUUGGAACAAAGACUUGAGUUUCAACAUUCCUGCCAAGUAUGAUACGAAUGGGUCUAUAAACAGAUAGAGCCCCUAUAUAAACCGAUCCUCGGAUUUAACUUCUUGAGCCCUUAGAAGCCUCAAUUUUCAUCCGAUUUGGCAGAAAUUUGGAACAAAGACUUGAGUUAUAACUCCCAACAUCCAUUCCAAGUAUGAUCUGAAUCGGUCUAUAAACAGAUAUAGCCCCCAUAUAAACCGAUCCCCGGAUUUGACUUCUUGAGCCUUAGAAGACUAAAUUUUUACCCGAUUUGGCUAAAUUUAGAACAAAGACUUGUGUUAUAACUCCCAACAUCCAUGCCAAGUAUGAUCCCAAUCGGUCAAUAAAUAGAUGUAGCCCCCAUAUAAAGCGAUGCCCGGAUUUGACUUCUUGAGCCCUUAAAAGCCUCAAUUUUUACCUGAUUUGGCUGAAAUUUGGAACAAAGACUUGAGUUAUGACUUCCAACAUCUCUGCCAAGUAUGAUCUGUCUUAACUAGUGAUCGACAUAUUGAAGAUUUCAUGGCGCAGAGGUUAGCAUGUGCGCCUAUGACGUUGAACACCUGGGUUCGAAUUCUGGCAGGAUCAUCAGAAAAUAAUUUUCAGCGGUGGUUAUCCUCUCCUAAUGCUGUCGACGACAAUUGUGAAGUACUUUGCCAUGUAAAAACUUCUCCCCAAAGAGGUUUCGCUCUGCGGCACGCCUUGCGAACUCGGCUAUAAAAAUGAGGUCCCUUAUCAUUGAUUUGUGAGAAGUUUGCCCCAGUUCCUUAAUGGAAUGUUCAGGGGCAAAUUUGCAUUUGCAUUUGAAGAUUUCAUGGUGAAGUUUUUUUUUUUUUUAAUGAGACAAAAUCUUCCAUUAUAGUUCAUUUAAGAAGCUAGGUGUCAAACAUCUUCAUCAAAUAUCAUUAUGAGCCACAAAAGGAAAGAAAUCUUUCAACAAAAUAGUUAGCAAUUCAAUACAGCCACCGAUUUUGGUAUGUAUAACAAGUAAAAAUAUGCUAAAUUCUGCCGGGCCAAAUCUUGGGAAUCCACCACCAUGGAUUCUGCUAAAAAUGUCCACAAAUCAACUUAAUUGUGAUUGUAGCCUCCACAUGUGGAGGUGGCUAUCCUCGUCAAGCUACUAUAGGUGAGCAAGUUCGUUCCGGUCCAAUGGAUCGAUCGCCGCGAGAACAGGGUGACAAUUGGCUAUUUAAAGGCACCAAUAACCCGCCUUGUCAUAUCGAGCAUCAUAGACACUCAGUAUUUAAACAAGAGCCGGUGCCACCCGAGAUUGAGACUCUCCACUCGAUACCGCUGAUUGUCCGCGACUGCAAGAAUCUAAGAAUUUUGCUGGAAAUCGAUUCAGAUUAAGAUAUAGCUCCCAUAUAUAUCUCCGUCAGAUUUGCAAUAAUGUUGUCAUUUAUCAACCGUAUUUAUUACAAUUUGAACAUAUUUGCUCGAAAUUUGAUACUGAUCGUUUAACAACCCAUCUAAAAACAUCCGCCGUUGUCGAUCAAAAUUGGUUCAGAUAAAGUCGACAUCUCCCGUCUUUUGCCUUACUUACUGUUUUUUUCUUUAAAACUGCUCAGCCGUUGCCUUUGUCGAGCGCCAUUGCCGUUGUCUAGCCUUCGAAACUAUUGACACAACUUCCGAAAGAUACACAGAAACAUGAGUAUGCCAUGG